ACAGCCAUAUUGCUUGGCUGCGCACAAGCUGUAUCUGUGGAAACUAACAAGUUAGGUCCUCUUCAGUCAGGUCUUUGCCGCUGUAAAAGCGUGGAAGUAUAUAAUAGCGGUCGUUUCAUAUAUGUUGACCUUACUGAAUGUUUUUCUUUUUGAAUAAAACGUUACUUCAAUAUCGGCGGACUCGGGGAAUUUACAUUUCUGUUACAACACGCAGUCCAUCAUUCGAGGUCUGCAGCAGUGACCUCCUAUAACCCUCUACUUCAACACAACACAAGACAAGACUAGAUCUUUCAUUUCUGUAAGGAUAAGGGGCCGGGAGGAGAGCAGGCAGAGAUGCCGAAACCGAUCAAUGUCAGGGUUACUACGAUGGAUGCGGAGCUGGAGUUUGCCAUCCAGCCAAACACCACAGGCAAACAGCUCUUUGAUCAGGUGGUAAAGACGGUGGGUCUGCGGGAAGUCUGGUUCUUUGGCCUGCAGUACGUCGACAGCAAAGGCUACUCCACAUGGUUAAAGCUCAACAAAAAGGUGACCCAGCAAGACGUGAAGAAAGAAAACCCUCUGCAGUUCAAGUUCAGGGCGAAGUUCUUUCCCGAAGACGUCUCGGAAGAGUUGAUCCAGGAAAUCACACAACGCCUCUUCUUCCUGCAGGUGAAAGAAGCCAUCUUGAACGAUGAAAAUUAUUGUCCCCCUGAGACCGCCGUCCUCCUCGCCUCAUACGCAGUCCAGGCCAAGUAUGCCGACUUCAGCAAAGAACUCCACAAGCCUGGAUACCUCACAAACGACCGCCUCCUGCCACAGAGAGUUCUUGAGCAGCACAAGCUGACUAAGGAACAGUGGGAAGACAGAAUACAGACCUGGCACGAGGAGCACAGAGGCAUCCUAAGAGAGGACUCAAUGAUGGAGUACCUGAAAAUUGCACAGGACCUGGAGAUGUAUGGCGUGAACUACUUCGAGAUCAAGAACAAGAAAGGCACAGAGCUCUGGCUGGGGGUGGACGCCCUUGGACUCAACAUCUACGAGCAUGCAGACAAACUGACACCAAAGAUCGGCUUCCCAUGGAGUGAAAUUAGAAACAUCUCAUUCAGUGACAGAAAGUUUCUCAUCAAACCGAUAGACAGGAAAGCUCAAGACUUUGUGUUCUUCACGGAGCGGUUGCGGAUCAACAAGCGCAUCCUGGCCCUGUGCAUGGGCAACCACGAGCUAUACAUGCGGAGGAGGAAGCCCGACACCAUCGAGGUGCAGCAGAUGAAGGCCCAGGCACGCGAAGAGAAGCACCAGAAACAGAUGGAGAGGGCCCAGCUGGAGAAGGAGAAGAAGAAGCGGGAGCAUGCGGAGAAAGAGAAGGAGCGCAUCGAGCGGGAGAAGGACGAGCUCAUCGAGAGGCUGCGGCAGAUCGAGGAGCAGACGUUAAAAGCACAGAAAGAGCUGGAGGAGCAGACGCGCAAGGCUCUGGAGCUGGACCAGGAGAGGAAGAGGGCCAAGGAGGAGGCGGAGCGACUGGAGAAGGAGAAGAUGGCCGCCGAGGAGGCGAAGGCAGCCCUCGCCAAACAGGCUGCAGACCAGAUGAAGAACCAGGAACAGCUCGCCGCGGAGCUCGGUGAGUUCACCGCCAAAAUCGCCCUGCUGGAGGAGGCCAAGAGGAAAAAAGAAGAGGAGGCCACAGAGUGGCAGCACAAGGCCAUCUCCGCCCAAGAGGACCUGGAGAAGACUAAGGAGGAGCUUAAGGCGGUCAUGACGGCCCCGGCGGCGGGCGCGGGUGAGAACGAGCACGACGAACAGGAUGAGAACAGCGCCGAGGCCUCAGCAGAGCUCUCCAGCGGAGACGCCAACGACCUCCGCACAGAGGAGGAGCGCGUCACCGAGGCACAGAAAAACGAGCGUGUCAAGAAACAACUACAGGCUUUAAGCUCGGAGCUGGCCCAGGCGCGUGAUGACAACAAGAAGACAGCCAACGACGUGCUGCAUGCUGAGAACGUGAAGGCCGGUCGGGACAAGUACAAGACGCUGCGGCAGAUCCGGCAGGGCAACACCAAGCAGCGCAUUGACGAGUUCGAGUCCAUGUGAGGGGGGAGAGAUUGAGAUACAGAGGAGGGAACCCUGGCAGAGGCCUGACAGGUCCCCCCCUGCUCCCCCGCCCAAUCGAUUGCCUUGGAGGCUGACUGCUGCUGACCAGCUCUCGACUCUCAAGCCCUCCAGUCCAGCCUGCUACCAACCCCCACACCCCUGCCCCUACCCAAACCAAACCAAACCAAAGCCCUAUACUGGACCCUAAGUCUCCAACCAAACCCACUAUUGUCCCUCUGACCCCUGUCCCAGAACAAGCAAACCCCAAACCUGCAGAGAGGCCAGAGGGGGUUGCUUUUGCCCCCCCUCGUGCUAUGCCAAAGCUCUCUCCGGCCAGCUCAGCUGCCUACCCUUACCCCUACCUCUAGCCCUGCUUCGUCCAGCCCGUACCCCCGCCCCGCCCAACAACACCCCCUCAAGCCCUGCUCCUGCAGCCCAGCCCUGGAUGAACGCUCUUCAGUCGAGCAUGUGACGAAUCAUGACUUACAGACUGCUUUGAAUUUUUGUUUUCCUGAGGUUUUUCUCUCUUUUUGUUUGUUUGUUUGUUUGUUUUAGGUGAUAUAACUAAAGAUGCUUACAGUUCUAAUUUUAAGGAAAGAAAGACGUGAGGAAAAAGAACAAAAAUAAAGGACAAACAUGGUUUUAUCUAAAUGGC